ACAGGGCGCAGCAAUCCCAAGUAGUGCUCUCCGUGUGGCUGGUGGGGAUCCCGGAGCUGCCGUUACAACAUCAUGAGUGAGCGACAAGGAGCUGGGGCCACCAAUGGAAAAGACAAGACAUCUGGCGAAAAUGAUGGGCAGAAGAAGGUUCAGGAGGAAUUUGACAUCGACAUGGACGCGCCCGAGACAGAACGCGCGGCGGUGGCCAUUCAGUCGCAAUUCAGAAAAUUCCAGAAGAAAAAGGCUGGGUCCCAGUCCUAGCGGGAGAGCCCCUUCCUAGUCUGCCAGGAGACACCAUGUCCAACCAUCAUCUGUCAAAAAAUUAAAAAAAGCAACACCCUUGAGAGAAAUGACCUGCACACUAUUCCCACACGCACAGCCGUCCCGCAAUGCAUGUACAGAGACCGUGCUAUUUAUACCCUGGUAGGAAGGUGUAGACAAUGCAACCGUGAGUGGCUUCAUCUCUGUUUACCUCCACUGUCAUUCCCCCUGCAACGAUUUAUUUUCCUUGACGUUGGAAUAAAAUGUGGUUAAGAUGUGUGA